CUGACUGGCAUGAUAGGUGGCAGUGAUUGGCAGCACUGAUGGGUGGCACUGAUGGGUGACACUGAAUAGGCAGCUCAGAUGGGCACUGAUAUGUGGCAUUGAUGUGUAUUGGUAGGCAUUGCAAUGUGGCAUUGAUGUGGCACUGAUGGGCACUGGCAGGUGGCAUGGAUGAGCACUGACAACUGGCACUGAUGGACACUGACAGGUGGCACUGCUGGGGCUACACAGAUCAUCAGGGCACACUGAUCAUCAGUGCCCUGAUGAUCACUGUCAGCGUGAGAGCUCGUGAAGAGAGAAAUGCCGAUAACCGGCACUUCCCUAUUUACAUGCGAUCAGCUGUGAUUGGA